GUACUCUGAAUAACCAUAGGGCCAUCCUCCUUCCACACUUGGUUAAGAGACUGAUGGAGGACUGCUUUCGCCAAAUGAUGAGAUGGUCGUUUGCCUCCCCCUCUGGCCUCUAGUGUGAACUGCAUAUAAAGAUUGGAGACUAUUUAGUCUAGCUUUUGUAUCCUCAAUCAAUUGACCGUACGGACUCAGACAACACUCUUCCUGCCGCAAGGCUAGCACAUGCAAUUUCCGGUACAUCUCCCUCAAGAAAUACCUGUUGGAGCAAAAUGGGUUCGAGUAUGAGUUUCAUGGUAAAAGGUUGGUUGUCUUCUUUUAUGACCAAAGAAGUGGAUGCCACUGGAGGUCAAAGUCUCUACCCGUUGCACCGUUGUAAAACUCUUCACCUGGUAAGGCAUGCCCAAGGGAUUCACAACGUGGAAGGGGAAAAGGACCACGAUGCAUACUUAUCUUCUGAUUUUUUUGAUGCACACCUUUCCCCUCUUGGCUGGAAGCAGGUUGAUAAUCUGCGUACGCACGUUCAAGCAAGUGGACUUUCCAAAAGAAUUGAUUUAGUCAUUGUUUCCCCUUUGUUAAGGACUAUGCAAACAGCAGCUGGAGUCUUUGGUGGUGAAGCAUAUACAGGUGGGGUAAAUGUGCCUCCUCUAAUGGUUGCAAAUACGGGGAACAGUGACCAUCCAGCAAUUUCAAGCCUAAAUUGCCCACCAUUUUUAGCAGUAGAGCAUUGCCGAGAACGUUUGGGGGUUAAUCCAUGUGAUAACAGACGGAGCAUUAGGGAAUAUCUCCCUCUUUUUCCUGCAAUUGAUUUUUCACUGAUAGAAAGUGAUGAUGACAUUUUAUGGAAGACUGACAUUAGAGAGAAGAAUGAAGAAAUUGCUGCCAGGGGAAUGAAGUUUUUGAAAUGGUUGUGGACACGUGAAGAGAAGGAGAUUGCAAUCGUCACCCACAGCGCAUUCUUGCUUCAUGCCCUAAGUGCUUUUGGAGAUGAUUGUCAUCCGUCUGUGAAGACUGAAAUAUGCGCACCUUUUGCGAAUUGUGAGCUUCGGUCAGUGGUCAUCAUUGAUUGGAGCCUGAAGGCAUCAGCUUUCUCAACGACUAACUAACUCUAAGCCUAUAACGAUGGUCAAGAUGUAAUAUACUUUCACUGAGGUAAUUCCCAAGUGAAUAUCUUGCCACAGAAAAUAAGGCGUACAUUUUUGUGAGGUUGGAAGAUCUGUUAGGCAAUUUCAAGAGUCCUUUUUCUUGGAGUAGACAGAUCUAAAGCCUAUAACAAAGAUGUAGGUGCCAAUUUUUUUUCAGAUGAAGUUGUGGACACAUUUGGUUGAUUCAACUAAGUUUGGCUCUCUAUGGUGGCCAUGGAUGAUGUUCUUGUUUUUUGUACGUUUGGUUAAUUCUUAAUUCAACAUACAGUAAGGUUUCUGUUUUAA